UCCUCUUUAUUAAAUAAGCCACAGUUUUACAUUGCGCAAAUUACGCUUGUAAACAUAAAAACAAAAGGCGAAUUUUAAAGUUUUAAUACGAACGCUUGUUAGACAUGCAGGCAGCAGGCGCAGGUAUUCGUGUGCCGCUAAAGCUCUUCGCAUUGCUGCCGCGGCUCUCGCAGUCCAGCCGCAAUUUCACUGAUGCCGCAACAGCCGCAACAGAGGAGCCAGAAAAGGCGCCGCCACCACCGUCUCCGCCGUCGGCGACAAGUUCCAUGAAGAUGAGAGGCUGGCAGCUGCACAGCUACGGCGGCAUCGACGAGCUGCAGCUGUCCGACAAACUCAAGUGGCCGCAAAUCCGCAGCUCCGACGAAUGCCUGGUGCGGGUGCGCGCCACGGCGGUGAAUCCCAUCGAUAUAGCCAUGUUGGGCGGCUACGGGUCCACGCUGCUUAACCAGUUGCGUUGUCAGGCCAACGAUCACAUAGAGUUCCCCUUGACGCUGGGCCGUGAGUUCUGCGGCGAACUGGUCCAGAAGGGCAUGGGUGUCUGCGACAAGCAGCUGCCGCUGGGCACACGGGUGUGGGGCGUGGUGCCCAUACCAAAUCCGAAUGGCGCACAUGCCGAGUACGUUGUGGUGCCCUCGUCCUGUCUGGCGCCGGCACCAAAGGAACUGGACGACGGCGAGGCGACCAGUGUACUCUAUGCGGGUCUGACCGCCUGGUCGGGCUUGUACCUAACUGGCGGCUUGGGCGGUCCAUGCGGCGCCACCACCUCCGAGGGCGGUGGUGCAAAUAAGCGCGUUCUGGUGCUCGGCGGAUCGGGCAGCGUCGGCUCAUUGGCCAUACAGAUAUUGAAAUCACAGCGCGCCCAGGUGCUCGCCACCUGCAGCGAAGAUGCCGUGGAAAUGGUGCGCUGUCUGGCCGACUACGUGGUCGACUAUACGAAGCCCGAUGCCAACGAGCAGCUGUGCACCUAUGCGCCCUACGACAUUGUCCUGGACUGCGCCGGGCAGGGCGGACAGCAUGCCUCCGACUUGCCGUACGACUUUCGGCAGUAUAUCACAUUCAACUCGCCGCUGCUGGCAAAUAUUGACAAAAGCGGCCUGUGCCUGGGUUCGCUCCAGAACUUCUCCGACUUGGUGCAGACAAAUGUGCGCGCUGUCAGUCAGCGCGGGGGAUUGGUCAAGUGGGGCUAUUUCUAUCCGGCGGCGCAUGGCAUUGAGUUCCUGCAGCGUCUGGUCGAGCGUCGAAAGCUAAUACCGCUUAUUGACAGCAGCUUUGACUUCAACGACAUGCCAAAGGCUUUUGAGCGCUUAAAGUGCGGCCAUAUGCGUGGUAAAAUUGUGGUUAAGGUUUAAGACUAAAUGUUAAUCUUGUUACGGGUGAUAUUUAACUUGUUUGCUAAUAAAAAAGAAAA